AUGAAGGUCGCCGCUUUCGACAUCCAGAAAUUUGGGAAAUCAGAACUCUCAGAUGCGUUUGUGCUUAAAACCCUGAUCAAGGUGAGGCCCAUCCACACCUACAAAGGACUGCUCAUCAACAGGUUCAACAAGACGCAUCAUUACACCUUGGAGAUCAGCACACGCCUGGGAAGAGGAAACUACAAGGAACAGUUUAUGUUCCUUUACAGGAAUGACCUGGUGGAUUUGGUUGUGUCUUACCAAUACCAAGACCAUCAGUCUGGAGAUGAAGAUGCUUUUGCCAGAGAACCAUAUGUUCUGCGAUUCAAAUGUCAUAAAACAGUGUUGAAAGAUUUGGUGCUGAUGCCCGUCCACACCAAGCCUGAAGAUUCAGUGAAGGAACUUGACAAACUGUAUGACAUGUUUCAAAAUGUGAAGAUGAAACGGAAGACUGAUGUAAAACAUUAUACACAACUAUAAUACCUUUAUGACAGUCAGCCAUUGGUUGAGACAAAAAUUGCUGAAAAUGUAUGCCAACAAAGAUGCUGAUGAGUUUGUUUCUUCAUUGGAACGGAGUUGGCAUUGCAUUACUUUCUCACCAAUGGAUGCCCUGCAGUGAAUGGGUGCCGUCAGAAUAAGAGUCCAAACAGCUGAUACAAACAUCACAGGAAUCCACACCACUCCAGUCCGUCAGUUAAAAGUCUUGUGAAGUCAAAAGCUGUGUUUGUCUCCUCCAAUGAUAAAGUCCAUCCCCUGCAGUCCUCUCACAUCAAAAUCUGUUUAGAACUGUUUUUGCUUGUAAAUGGGGCUAAAUCUGUGCAUAUUUCUCUCCUGAUUCAGAUGAGAUCACUUUUUCACUGGUGAAAGCAAUAUUACGGAUAAAGGAAUUUGAAGUGGUUUAAGUAAAAACACCUUUAUGAUGGAUGUUUCUUACAAACCGCAUUUGACUUUACAAGACGUGAAUUGUUGGACUUGAGUGGUGUGGAUUAGUUAUGUUUUUAUCAGCUGUU